AGUACCGAGUGGUGGUUCCAGUCGAAUACAAUAUUCGACAGAAAUGUACCAAACCCGUGCUAAGUGACUACAGAAAUAAUAACUGUUAGAUAAAGUGUUCGACGACUCGAUAGGGGAUCAAAUAUAAGACAGUCAUGUCGCCACUGCUGGAUUCGCUGCUGCGGUGGCGGCGCGAGGCGCCCGCGCCCGCUGAGACGCUGGAUGAAACAGCUACGCCCAUGUCCACAACCACAGAACCUGGGACAUUGCCACCGGUUACAUCGACAAUCCCACCAACUACCCAGGAGUCCAUCGGAGAGAAGACGGCAGAAAUCGCCCGUAAGAUGAACAUUGAGCCAUGGCAACUUGUCGCUAUACUUGUUGGUGUGGGCGUAGUGGUGCUCGGGAUAUGUUUCUGCUGCAUCAGGAGGUGUUUCCGCAAGCGACGCUCCAAGGAUGGCAAAAAGGGAAUGAAAGGUGUCGACCUAAAAUCCGUCCAGCUGCUCGGUUCCGCUUACAAGGAAAAGGUUCAGCCUGAUAUGGAGGAGCUCACGGAGAAUGCCGAGGAACCUGACGACGGCGACUCCAAGAAAGAGGAACAGAAGCUAGGAAAACUCCAAUACAAGCUGGAGUAUGAUUUUAACAGCAACAGUUUGUCUGUGACUGUAAUUCAAGCUGAAGAUCUGCCAGCUCUGGACAUGGGAGGCACGUCCGACCCCUACGUUAAAGUUUAUUUACUUCCCGACAAGAAGAAGAAGUUCGAAACAAAAGUUCAUCGAAAGACUUUAAGCCCCGUUUUCAACGAAACAUUUGUGUUCAAGAACGUGCCCUAUGCUGACGCUAUGAAUAAAACUCUCGUGUUUGCAAUCUUCGACUUCGAUCGAUUCUCAAAACACGACCAGAUCGGUGAGGUGAAGGUGCCGCUGUGCCAGGUAGACUUGGCACAAACUAUCGAGGAGUGGCGCGAGCUGCAGAGUGUUGAAGGAGAAGGGGGGCAGGACAACAAGUUGGGAGACAUUUGUUUCUCAUUGCGUUAUGUACCAACGGCCGGAAAACUGACAGUUGUUAUUUUGGAAGCUAAGAACUUGAAGAAAAUGGAUGUCGGCGGUCUAUCAGAUCCGUACGUAAAGAUAGCACUCAUGCAAAAUGGCAAACGUCUCAAGAAGAAGAAAACGAGCAUCAAGAAAUGCACACUGAAUCCCUAUUACAACGAGUCAUUUACUUUUGAAGUACCAUUCGAACAGAUACAGAAAGUAAACCUAGUGAUCACCGUGGUGGACUACGAUCGCAUCGGUACGUCGGAGCCUAUCGGCAAGGUAGUGCUGGGAUACAACGCGUCAGGCACCGAGCUUCGCCACUGGUCCGAUAUGCUGGCUAGCCCGCGGCGCCCCAUUGCGCAGUGGCAUACACUCAAAGACCCCGAUGAUGGAGAGAAGAAGGAUUAAACAUUGAACUGAGUAUGAAAAGCAGAAACCUACAAACAUGGAAGUACGAGUGUGAAGAAUAAGCGACUUAUUAUAUUUGUUUAUACUUACGUUAAGAAUAAUAUUUGGUAUUAUUUAUAUUACCUACAUUCAAAUAAUUCUGCGGUAACAUAUGUGCCCAACUCCUAAACGUUAUCAUUAGCGCUUCAUCAAUGUGAUUUGGAUGUUGUCUUUAAUCGUUUCCAAUAUUAUAAUCGAAUAAUUAAUAUUGCUGUUAAAAUAUCUAAUUGUAAAAAGAUAAUAAUGUUCUUUACCCCUUUAUUAAUUUCAAUGUUGCUUACCAGCUGUAUGCUAGUAGCAUGAGUUACUUCGAUAAGUUUGCAUCUGUGCAGUUCAAAGGCGAUUGGUUUUGAAUUGGCGCACGGGUAAAGUAGCUAGACGCAACAGUUGAUUUAGUUAGAAUCUUGAUUGCAUUAGCAACUGCAUCGACGCAAAAUUUAUCGUUUGAUUAAGAGUCUUGUUCUCUCAUCUCGUCUCGACUAACUAAUACUCGUAUCUUGCUAAAUUGUAAGAAUGUUGAUUUAGCAAUAUGUAAGUUGUUGUGAGGAGUGUAGGGAUAAUAAUUGUUAGAAUUCCUUUGCUACUUCCACGUCCUUAGCGUCUUAUAAAGUUGGUUUUGAAAUCGCGCUAACAAAUAGGUAACCAGCUUUGUUCAAUAAGUGUGCUUUGUUAUCAAAAGCCGUUACCUUAUCCUACGUGUAAUCGAAAAUAUAUUUUAUUUAAAAACCUAUUACAUAAAGCUGUGUAAAUAAGUUGUAUCCUGUUAAAUUUAUUACAUUCUAUUUUACUAUCGUAUAAGUGUUAUAGUAUUGAUACCCUUUUAUUAUAAUAAAACACAAUGUUCCUCGGGGGAAGAGAAUGGACCGACGGAGAUCAUUUGCGUUUACAUUAUUUAGUUUGUUAUUAGACAAGAUCAUUAUCAUGUGCUGUCGGUAAACUGUUAUUCUCUUCUCGUGAGGAACAAUAGGCCUAUUGUAUAGGUACCUAAACAUUAUUAUUUUAAGGCAUGACAUUAUUUAUUAAUUAAUUAAAGUCUUUGAUGUCCAGUGUCCAUUGAUUAAUCUGUAUGAUUUCGUUAGUCGAAAGUUUUAUUCACUUAUACAAAAUACUUCUAUAAUUUAGGUUAGGUAGAUUAAUUUAUUAUUAUUUAAUAGUUAUGGAAGUGGACACUCAAUAUACGUGGUAUCAUCGAAACUAGUCAAACGUAUAAGACUAUCUACAAAUAAAAAUACUUAUACUUUAAAAUUAUAUUGUUAAAUAGUUCCAAUCGUUUAAAUGGUUCUUUACGGUGUAAUAUUUAAUCGUGAUUAGACUGCUGUACGUCGCGUCGCGUCGGUAAGUGGUUCGUCUAGAAUUGUCGCAAGUUAUAUCCAUAACAUUACUAUCUAUCGGUUCGAGGUACCAACAUUUUAAUGUUAGGUAGGUAUUUAAUAGUCGUAUAACAUCUCCUAACUUUGCGGUUCAAGUACCUAUUUAUACCUACGUACUUAGCUAAAGCUUGACUGUUGUUGAUCUCAAACAUAUGUGUUAUUGUGUAUAUAAUGUAAUCACAUGUUAAACUCCACAAUCACAUUAUACUAUAUACUUAUGUCUAUGUACCUAUAGGGGUAAUGGAGUCGGGCUUCAAGUAAAUUUAGAAGUGCACCAACACGAAACAAGUAGGAAUAGACUUGUGGUUCAAGUAUUGUACUUAACAAUAACUAUACUUACUAUGUUAAUAUAUUAUAUAGAACUUAUUCAUAACAACGCAACAGAUUCAUUGGCAGUUUUGUUAACCCACACUGAGAAAAUGGGAAAUAAGAAUAUUUAAUUUUUUUCUUCUGAUGAUUAAAUAAAUUAUUUUAAGUUAAAUCUCAAUCGAGAAAGAAUUUAAAUAUUUGAAAUGGCUGAGUGAAUCUGUUGCAACUCCACUCAACUACUUUAUAAUCCUGACCGCACUGAACAAGCGGUUGAGCCUCGGUAGAAUUGACAAUAUAGAUAUUUCAAAUGCUAUUUAAUAUUAACAUUUUGUAAUAUUAAGAACAAAUGCCAGAAUACAUGUGAAUAAUCGCUAGAUUUAUAAUAUUAAGAGAACAAUCAGAACAUGGAGAUGUUUCAUACACUCUCAAGCUGGUGUAGCCAACAAAUUCCCUCACUAUAUCAUAGUCAGUUAUCAAUAUUUAUUGAUAUCACCAAGGACAUACUUCCACUAAUUCAAAUAAAACAAUGAAAUUACUUAACAUUGACGAGGGAUAGCUCUUUGACUAUCUUUGUUGAAAUGUCCAAUAAAAUAUGAGUAAAUGACCAAUGUCAUCAAAGAACAACGAAAUGUCUUUACUCAUGUCAUCCACUAAUUAAAAUACCACAAUGAAAUCACUUAACAUUGACGACAGCUAGCUCUUUGACUAUCUUUGUUGAAAUAUUCUAUAAAAAAUAUGAGUAAAUGAUCAAUCUCAUCAAAGAACAACUACAUCGUUUAUUCACGUCAUGUGUGGAAAAAGAGAAAUGUAAGGGAACCGUAGUGCUCACCAGGUAGUUUAUAUUUUCAAUUCAAUACCUGUAUAGCAAUUUGUAUGAGUGAAAUAUAUAUUUUAAUCACACUUCAAGUGUAAAAUGUUAUAUCAUUGGAUAAUUAGCUUGUAUACAAAGUGGUGUUAAUGUGUUGGGCUGUUGUAAUCAUUGCUGUUUGUUACAAACUCCUUUGCUAAAUUUAGAAUUGUAAAAUGUAACCAAUGUUAAAUGAAAUUUUCAUUUGUAGUUCAGAUAUUCACAAAUUUGCAGGGUUUAUCUGUAUAGCUACUCAUUGCCCAUCUAUUGCACCAACUACCUAUUUAACAUAUA